ACGCUGAGAUAAGGCUUCUUACAUUUACCAUCACAUAUAAAACAUAACGUUAUUAUUAUUCCUUAAAAAUAAAAAAAACCUAUAUGUUAUAACAUUGGAAUCAUCAGUCUCUAACCAGUAUCACACCAAUUAAACUCAAUAUGGCUACCACCACUGCAGCCGCAGCCUCGGGUAUCUUUGGGAUCCGGAUUCAAGAUCCUAGACCUGGAACCGGGAGGGUUCAAGCCAUCGGGGGGUUUAGUUUCGGAAAAAAGAAACCCGCUCCACCGCCCAAGAAGUCAAAGCAGGUCCAAAACGACGGAGACAGACUAGUCUGGUUCCCCGGUGCAAACCCGCCUGAAUGGUUGGACGGAUCGAUGAUCGGAGACCGUGGGUUCGACCCUUUCGGUUUAGGUAAACCGGCUGAGUAUCUUCAGUACGAUUUCGACGGUCUUGACCAAAACCUUGCCAAGAACGUGGCUGGUGAUAUCAUCGGGGUCAUUCAAGACUCCUCGGAGAUCCAACCGACGCCGUUUCAGCCGUACACUGAAGUCUUCGGGAUCCAACGGUUCAGAGAAUGUGAGCUGAUCCAUGGAAGGUGGGCUAUGCUUGGUACUCUUGGCGCCAUCGCCGUCGAGGCUCUCACUGGGAUCGCAUGGCAAGACGCCGGAAAGGUGGAAUUGGUGGAAGGAUCGUCGUAUUUGGGACAACCAUUGCCGUUCUCGCUGACGACUUUGAUAUGGAUAGAGGUGUUAGUGGUCGGGUACAUCGAGUUCCAACGUAACGCUGAGCUGGAGCCGGAGAAAAGGAUUUACCCGGGUGGGUAUUUUGACCCGUUGGGACUUGCGGCUGACCCUGAGAAGUUGGAUACCUUGAAGCUGGCGGAGAUAAAGCACUCUCGUCUCGCCAUGGUCGCAUUUCUCAUCUUUGGUCUUCAGGCGGCCUUUACCGGCAAAGGCCCCAUCAGCUUCCUCGCCUCCUUUAGCAAUUAAGUAAUUUCUGAAAUGAGACUAUCUAUCUAUUUAUUCUAUUGAAAUAUAAUUAUACUUUUAAAAACUGUAUAAUGUAUCACAAAAGAGGUUGUUUGGUAUUGUUGCAACUGGUUUAUCGUAUCAAUCGUUUAAAGCCGCUAUAUAUAUGUUGAUCUUGUGUGUA